UUAUCUGUAAACAUAUCUCGAUCAUAUCAUUUACCAAUUUUAAUGGAAUAUUUUAUUGAUCAAGAAAAAUAUUUUUAUUUAAUUUUGUUACAUAUUAACAUAACACUAUAUAUCGGAAUAGUUGCAUUGUUAGCAAUAGGUUCAAUAUUUAUUACGUAUCUUCAGCAUACUUGUGGAAUGUUUAAAAUUGCUAGCUAUCGUAUCAAGCAUGCAAUGAAGAUUGACUUUUUACAAAAUAUUAAUUUAAAGAAUAAGAUUUUGAUAAUUAAAGGCAUAAUUUGCGCCGUAAUUAUUCAUCGGGAAGCUAUGAAGCUAUCCAAACAGUUGCUGUCCGUAUUUGAGAUAAUGUUUUUCUGUUUAAUAGUGGAUGGCGUAACUUGCUUGAGCUUAAAUUUAUUUCAAGUAAAUUUUCUUUUUUCGAAUAGUAUUUACAUAAUAAUAUAUCAGAACUGUUCUGAAAUUGCAUAUAUUUAUAAUAUUGCUCAGAAUAUUGUAAGAAUCGGCAAAAGCAAAAUGUCUGCGUUAUAAGUUUAUUUUCAAUAAUACUAAUAAUACUACGUUUUAAAUAUUUGUAAAUGACAAAAACCGCACUUUAAAUAACUGUAAAUAUCGAUAAUGUCGCAAAUAUAUAGAUAUUUAUGCUG